GUACUUGAGCUAACACGCAUGUGCAAGAAACAGAGUAAACUACAUACUGGACAGAAGAGAAAGGUAUUGAAUCGAGCGAUCAUGGAGAUAGAACCUGGAGGCAAAAGGCCCAGCCUGGAGCUGCGGAAAGUGCGUUCCCGCGAUGCUGCUCGCUCGCGCCGCAGUCAGGAGACGGAGGUGUUCUACCAGCUGGCGCGCACCCUGCCCCUCCCCCGCACCGUGACAUCGCACCUCGACAAGGCUGCCAUCAUAAGGCUGACCCUGAGCUACCUGCGUGUGCAGCAGCUCCUCCCAGCAGAGGAGCUGGGGGCAGAGACAGAGGAGGAGACUGACGGGUACUUCCUGCGCGCACUGCCAGGCUUCGUGAUGGUGCUGUCGGCAGAGGGGGACAUGGUGUACCUCUCCGAGAACGUGAGCCAGCACAUCGGGGUACCACAGCUGGACCUGGUUGGGCAGAGCGUGUUUGAUUUCAUCCACCCCUGUGACCAGGAGGAGCUGAGAGACAUCCUGACAUCCAAACAGCGUGUUGGUAAGAAGCAGUCCCAGGAUGUUCACACUGAGAGGAGUUUCUUCCUGAGGAUGAAGAGCACCCUGACCAGCAAGGGGCGCACCCUGAGCAGCAAAUCAGCAGCAUGGAAGGUGCUGCAGUGUUCUGGACACAUCCACACGUACAGCUCUGCUGAGCCCCCCCUCACCUGCCUUACUGUGCUGUGUGAGCCGAUUCCAAAUCCCUCGCACAUCGACUUCCCCCUGGACAGGAGCGUCUUCCUGAGCCGGCACAGCAUGGACCUGCACUUCGUUCAGUGUGACGAGAGGGUCACUGAAUUGCUAGGGUACAGUCCUGAGGAUCUGAUUGGCCACUCAGCCUACGAGUACUACCAUGCCCUGGACACUGAUCACGUGACUAAGAGCCUGCAGAUCUUGCUGUCCAAGGGGCAGGUCUGCACCGGUCACUAUCGCUUCCUGGUCAAGCAUGGCGGCUUCGUGUGGGCCGAGACUCAGGCCACCGUCCUCUACAGCAGCAAGAGCACCCUGCCCGAGGCCGUGGUGUGCAUCAACUUCAUCCUCAGUGGGGUGCAGGACUCCGGGGUUGUGUUCUCAGUCGAGCAGAUGGAGCGACCCUUGAUCCCUAAGUCCAAGUCUGAGCCUGACAGUGUUGCCAUGGAGACGAGUGCGGAGCUGUUCCUCAAACUGAAGGAGAGCCCGGAGGAGCUGACCCAGCUAGCGCCCUCCGCAGGAGACAGUGUGGAACCGCUCACAGACUCCACUGAGCUGAAGAUGUUCUCUUUCCUGCCUGCUCGGGGCCCCUCCCCCCCUGCGGCCCCCCAGGACCUCUGCACCCCAGAGCUGCGGCAGCUCCUCGCCCCCAUCUUCGACCCCGUCGCCACGGAGUCCAGCCCCUCCCUCGCACCAAGUGACAGCCUCUCUUUUGAUAUGGACAAGGUUGAGAAAUUAUUCGCCGCGAGGAAGGAGGACGAGGCUCCGCCCAUGACCGUGCCCCAGGAGUGCGAAGGUCUCGAUCUGGACAUGCUGGCCCCCUACAUCUCGAUGGACGAUGACUUCCAGCUCACCUUCCUGACCCCGAACCUGGAGCCAGACCCCCCCCGCAGCGGAACUGCCAAGAAAACCGGUUACUGACCGA